AUGUUGCUUACUGUAGUUGGUACGUAGUUGUUUUUUAUUCUUUCCUCUUGUUUUUUUAACAACCUUUAAAGAAGGCUAAAAUGCUACAAUUGCUAUGAAAGUGCAAUUGAUUUCUUUAUAAACAAAGCUAGCCAUUUGUUAGGACAUAUCCCUUAACCAUUUCCAGUUACAAUUAUAAUAGUAUUGCUUCUGUGGAUAUCUGCAGGAACCGUCAAAUAAUGCUUUGAAUAAAAAAAAAUUCAUAAGACAAAAAUAGCAAUGUAAUUAUUUUUUAAAAAAAAUCUACAGUACUUUCCUUUGUGGUUUCACAAACCAAAAUGACAGUGAGGAUAGGACUUGAGAUGCAUGUUUCCUUUUGAUAGGCUCUUUUUCAUCUUUGAGCUUAUGAGACUAUUUAGCUUUGCAAAGCUACAGCAUUUAGUCAUCAUAGAUUAUGAAUAUGGCCACAGAUGGAAAAACUUGCACCACUGCUUGUAUUUAAUAAGAAUUGGCCAGAGAAGUAAACACGACACCCACAUUAUUUGACUUCAGCAAGGUAUGAUCAAUACCAAAAUACUGUUAGGUUGGUAUUCAACCUAGUUUUACUCAGAGUAGACUUACUAACAUUACUAAACCCAUAGUGAAAUCUUCUUAAGCUGCCCCGCUCUUGUUUUUGCUGGUCAGCUUGUAGGGCCAAGUUUGAAGCAAGUGGUUACUAUCGUGGAAUAACACAAGUUUCCUGCUUUGACUCAGCCGUGGUGAGCUAAUUGCUCUGGGUUGUAUGUGUAUGCCAUUACCGAGAUGUUAUCUUGUGUAAUUAGGCGUCAAAAGGCGGGGAGGAAUGCAUCCACAGUGCUGUAAAGUGAGGAACCUGAGAAAGCAACAUAAGAACAUGAUGCUUGCUGCAGUACAUUGCUACCAAGAUAAACCAUUGUUUAUCUUGCUGUCUGAAUGUAGCCAAUGAAAAGGCAUGAAAAAUUUCUUUCUAUGGCAUUGAAUAACACUCUUAUGCUCAGUAGUGGACAGCAUGGUGGGUGAGUUGCUUCUGCUUGCUGGGAGGGACUAGGUUCCAGGAUGCUCCUUGGCAGAAUGAAGACUCUCUUUAAAUAUAGACCCAAGUGUUUUAAUUGUUGUUGCAACCAGUUAAUAAAGUGCUUAAUCAGAAAUUAUGUGCUGUAGAAACUUUGAAGAUUGCUUUAUACUUGUCCUUUAAGUUGGCCUCUUUUCUCAGUGGUUUAAAUCCACCAUGCUCUAUACAUGAUUUCUUCAGCAUUUCAAAAUAUCGUGGAAGUCCAUUUUACAAAUUCCUUAUUGUUGUGCAGUCUAGGUUUACCAAAAUAAACUGAAAUCCAUAAAUUAUAGAGCUGGUGCUCUUCUGUCUUGUUGUAUCUCCCCCACUAUAACACACACAAACACAUGUGAAACCUUGAGUGUCAACCUGGAUUUAAUUCUACUAUCAAGUCUUGUGUGUUAUUGAUGUUAAGGAGAUUUGCUUUUAAAAAAUAAUAAUCUGACAUCUAUGGGUUUUUUCCCCUAACUAUAAACCUAGCUUUGCCUUCAUUAUUCAGACUGCCACUUCAACAUAGUGAAAUAAUUUGGAAUGGGACUGGCUUCAAAAAUGGACUUUCCAAAUGUUGAUAACAUUUGAAGUUGAUUAUCAUAUCUUCAUUUUCCUGUCUCAGUUGUCUAGAUUUCCUAGCUGUUCCAGUUUAUACUCCUGCCUUUUCGGUGCUUUGCAUCUUCCCCCUCUCCCUGCUUGAAAGCACCAUGUAACUGUUUGGGUAGUUAUUUGAAUAACACCCUUUUAUGGCCGUUUGUGCUCUAACGGGAGCAAUACAAUGUGUCUGAGUGACACUCUGAAGUGUUUAUUUUCCUGUGUGUUUGAUAUAUUCUUGCCAGAGUUGCUAUUUUGUUCCGAAAUUGAAAAACAACCUUUUGCAAAUUUGUUGCUGUAUCACUUGGCCUUUCACAUCUCGACAGAAAGGUUUCCUAAAUAAAUAUAAUUGUUGCCACAGUAAACCGAUCCAGACAUCUGCAAGUCAUGAUGCACGUAAAUGACUGUUGAUUUUGUCACUCAUAUUUCCUGAUAAAACAUGCUGCCUCACCUGCUUCUACUAUUUUUAGUUCUUGUUUCCUUCCUUUCAAUACAGUUGGGAUGUAAUUAGGAUUUUAAAUUGCAUGCAGAAGUUUAAUCUUACCUUUCAGAGUUUAGCUUUAUGCUUCCUGCAUUAUAUAAAAGGAACGACGUACUAGUGGUGGUGAAGCCAAUGUUAUAUGGGAUUCUCCAGCUUUUUUAUUGUCAGGAGCAUGAGAUCACGUAGGAGGCAGGGCCAUGGCAAGUUGCUUCUCUGCCUCUUUGGUUACACUUUAAGUCUCUUUGAAAUCAAUAAAAAAUAGCUAUGACUUAGCUCCCAAUGAAAUCAGUGGGACUUAAUUGCAAGUGCUGCAUUUUAGUCUGUCUAUAUCCUUUAUUCUUUGAUGUUCAAGCUUUGUGUAAAACAGUUUGAAGAAUAAACAAACUUAAUAAUAAAAUAAAGAACAAUGAAAUUAAAGAACUCUGGUAAAAGGCCUGCAGAAGAGGAAUACAGUGGUACCUUGGGUUAAGUACUUAAUCCGUUCCGGAGGUCCGUACCUAACCUGAAACUGUUCUUAACCUGAAGCACCACUUUAGCUAAUGGGGCCUCCUGCUGCUGCCGCGCUGCUGGAGCACGAUUUCUGUUCUCAUCCUGAAGCAAAGUUCUUAACCUGAAGCACUAUUUCUGGGUUAGCGGAGUCUGUAACCUGAAGCGUAUGUAACUCGAGGUACCACUGUAUAGUGUUCCUGAUAAAAGAUACUGAAUGAAACUUGUACUAUAAGUACACAAUGAUCUCUAGAUGUUUACUACAACUGGCUGGGGCUGAUGGGAAUUGUAAAUAAAACAAUUCUUAGUGUAUUAGAACAAUUCUUUCGAUGUGUUGAAGACAAUAGCAAUUAGGUGACUUUCAGUAUAAACAUCUCUUGUUUAUAUUUUAUUCCCCACUCUUGUAAUAUUAGUGCUUCUUUUGCCUCAGCAAAUGAAAUAUAUAUGAGACACAGAAGGACAGUUCUUUCCACCGCGUUAUGAAAGGGAUGUGUGUGCAUUGCAUGCGUCACUUUCAUUCUUGACAUUAAAUGACUGGAAGUUUAUAUUGUAAUUCAGAUCAAAAAUAUCAUUGGAGUCUGCGGGGUAUGCUGGUUAAAACUGUUGAUUUGUGUUAGAUUUAAAAAUCAGUUUAGGCAUGGCUUCCACUCACAAUUUUCCAGCUGUUUGUGCAUUCCAAGCCCUAUCCAUUUAGAAAUGCAUUUGAGCAUAAUCCCACUUCUCUUUUCAUCAAAACUUAUCCCAUUGUUAUUUUGCAAUAAUGUAUCAUCGAGAUGCUUAUUUAUAUGCCACUGUUUCAAAUUAUACUCAAAGCAGUUAAUCACAACAGUAAAUAAACAAUAAAUGUGUUCCAUAAAAAGCAACAGAUUAUUAAAUACAUCUUUCAAAGUAUUUUAUACCCACAUUAUCAAACCAAGAAAAAAAUUAAUUACAGUAUUAUUAUUAGCUACAUAUUUGCACUAAGGUGUCUCAAAGCAAUUUACAUAAUAAAAAUUGAAAUACUAAAUUUUCCUAUUCAUAUGAAAAACAUUCAAAUCUGUUUCAUCAACUAUAUGGGUCUUUCCCCUCUCCCUUGACCUGUCCUCUCAUACAUGUAGUGCCUAAUAGCUGGAUUACUGGUUGCUGGUGCUCAAGUCUAUCCAGAAGCCCUUCCCCCACAAUAUUUGAUAAAUUGCCACUCUCUAUUUGCCAAACAGAGGAAAAAUUUUUGGGAACUUUAUAGUUUAGUUUCCUUGCAUUUUAGAGAAGUGAACUUUGCAUUGAAAAUGGAUGUCAUGCAGAACUUUGUUGAGCCUUGUUGCAAAUUCUCUUGACCAUAUGGAAAAGAGUAGGGGAGAGGGGUUGAAUUUCCAUCAUUUUAGAAAGUAGCGGCACCUAUGUUUCCCCCAAAGAUGGAGGUAAGAUAGGAGGAUGCCUAAGGUGUCAGUGUUUCAGUUUGCAUGAGAACUUCCUGCACAUUUUUUGUAAGGAGCACAGCUUAUGAUUCAGUGAUAACUUAUGUACUCUUCCAUGAUUUCUGGCAAUAAGUACUGUAUAACCUGAAAGCUUACAUAAUCUUCUUGUAGUUUGAUCCAGCAAAGGUAUAACAUGUAUGUAUGUUUUGAUAGUGGUAUUUGUAUAUUUCCUUAUAUAAUAUUUGUUCUGUUUGCUUUUUCAGUGCCAAUUAUUCCCAGUUACUUGUACAGCAUUACACACCAAAAAAAUGCAACAGAAAUCCAAACUAUUAGGCCGGAGACAUCUACAUUAAGCCUGAAUAGUUUUCAAAGUAUCUUCUCCUAUUAUGACAACUCCACAAUGAUUACUGGAAAUCAUUCUGAAGGGACAAGACCAGGAGAUUUUUAUCACGCUCGGACAGAGCAAAUGGUGGUAAAUAUGACUAAGGCAUCACCAUCCUCUGACUGCCCCAAGGAAGACAAAGACCUGCUAAAUGAAAAUGUCCAAGUUGGUUUGUUGUUUGCUUCCAAAGCAACUGUGCAGCUGCUUACUAACCCUUUUAUAGGGCCAAUGACAAAUAGGUAUGCUCUAUCUCUUACGCACUAAAGUGGCAUUUAAUACUGAUCUGCCAGUUUAUAUAUCAGCAUUUCAGAGAGAGGUUUGCCUUUUUCCUUUAAUUAUUUGCAUUGUGUGUAUGUUUUCAUGAAUUGCUUGCAUUAAUGGAUUGCUCUUACCAAAAUAUAUAUCUGAAUAGUAAAUCUCCUCUAAGCCUGCAAUAUUUUUUAAAUAACAGGGGCUUCUAUUAGUUACAUUAAAUAAUUUUAACAUCUCCUUCCUUCUGUAUUCCUUGAAUAGCACUUGUUUAUGAAGGCUUUUGUAGAAAGAGUGAACCUCUUUUAUACCAGGGUAAAUACCAGCAUGUGUGGAGUAGAAAUACAUAACAGUGGUUGUUAUACUUGUAAAUUUUUUGAAGAUUGAUUUUUGCCUUCAUAACUUUUCAGCAUUAUUUCAUACAACUACAAAAUAUGAAAUUAUAAGAUUGAAGAGCUUCUGAAGGUUUUGGAUUUUUACAUCUCAGAAUAAUAUAUAUAAAAUCUAAAUCUAAAUCAUGAUGAUGUUUGUAACCUAUCCAUCCGACUGGGUUGCCGCGGCCACUCCGGGCAGCUUCCAGCAUAUUUCAAAACGCAAUAAAACAGUAUCUCAUACAAACAGGCCACCAUCUUGCUUGGUUAAUUAAAAACUAGUUGGAAGUCUGGGAGUGAGGGACCAAGACCCCCAAUUUCAGCAGGUGCCAAUGUCCUCAGCCUAAGGGAAUUUAUAUCGCAGGUCAUAGGCUGGUCAACUCAGUAGCAGAAAUUGGUUGCAGGCUGUGCAGCUAUCUAUUCUGCUAAGGCCAAUUGUGUUGCCACAGUAAGUUACUUUAUGGAUUCAGAGGCAAUAGGCAUGCUUGAGUGAGGAAAGCAGGUUUUAUUAAAGCACACAAAGCAUAUAACUGAAGAAUGCACAUUUACCAUAAUGGAUCACAGUUUAAACAGACUAAAUAAGGCAUAUUACUGAUAGCUAAGCAGAGCUAAAAAUCUAUAAUAGCAUAUCUCAUGCCCUUUCUGCUGCUGGGGAAAUCCUUGCACUCACAGAACAUUCUCCUUAGCAUUAUGUUGGAUUCCACCCAGUGUCACAAUCCUAUGUUUCCAAACAUCAAAGUCAAAAGCACAAAAAAUAGGGGUAGAAGCAAAAGCUAACAACAAUAUUGUGAUCCACUCCCACAGAGUGCUUAGCAAUUGUUUCACCUACUGAUUAUGGUGACAUUUGCUGGUGAUACAUCCACAUUAGCCAUGCAUGGAAGACGCCAAUAAACAAAGAGCAAUGAGUGGAAUUCCAGGAUGAUGUUCCACUCACACAUACUAUCAUACACAAUGCACUAUCAUGUUAUGAGGAAAAGGCCAUAACAUGUCUGUCAGAGCUUCAGCUGGCCCAUUAAUUAGGAGAUCUGCAUGUAAUACCUUUAUGGAACCAUCAUCUUCCUUUCCCAAGAAGGAUUCAAGUCCUGAUGCAAUACCAAGGAUCUUCACACAGACAGCAUGAAGAACAUUGCAUACAUCACAUUUGUAUUGGUAUCCAUGUGAAGUUGUUCUGAAACAGAGAACUGUAAAGAUCUGGGAUGAAAAGAACUAUCAAUCUGCCCUACUCUGCUUUUCUUUUUGUUUUUUACACACACUACAUUUAAAGCACAUUCAAAGUGCAUUCUUUUCAUCAAAGAAUUCUGGGCACUGUUGUUUGUUAAAGUUGGUGGAAAUGUAACUCUUAGGGGUAAUCUGCAAUGCCCAGAAUUUUUUGAGUGAAAAUGUACUUUGAAUGCGCUUCCCUGCUGUAGUGUGUACAGUACACAACUUUAGUCUGGCAGCCAGAUCCACGGAACAUGUGGGGUUUGCUCAUCAUAUGUAUGCAUGUUCUUCCAUGUUGUGAAACUGUCCAGACUGCUGAUGAUUGCAAAUGGAAAAGGGCACAUGGCUCAACCAUUUAAUAGUUGUUUAGAAGAUAUAGUUUCAACAGGUGUUGCUUGAAUGACAAGCUGUGCCUGCCUCUACAACUAUUAAAGGUGAAGAAGUCCUAUCCUCUUUCACCUGACCACCCUAUGUGCAGAUAGAACUCUUGGAACAUUGAGUCUGUGUUUAAUUUUUAUAAUACUGUUCUACUUUUUAAAUGUAUCUUUGUAGAAGAGAUUUCAAAAUAUUAAUCUGUUUAGAAGUGCUUUUAAGUAAAUAUGAUGCAAGUGAAACAGAUUGUUAGUGUUUCUGCAAAUGGAAAAUGUGUGAUAGGUAAAGGUAAAGGUAAAGGGUAAAGGGACCCCUGACUGUUAGUUGUGGAUGACUCUGGGGUUGUGGCGCUCAUCUCGCUUUACUGGCCAAGGGAGCCGGCGUACAGCUUCCGGGUCAUGUGGCCAGCAUGACUAAGCUGCUUCUGGCAAACCAGAGCAGCGCAUGGGAAUGCCAUUUACCUUCCUGCCGGAGCAGUACCUAUUUAUCUACUUGCACUUUGACGUGCUUUCGAACUGCUAGGUUGGCAGGAGCAGGGACUGAACAAUGAACCGCCAACCUUCUGAUCGGCAAGCCCUAGGCUCUGUGGUUUAGACCACAGUGCCACUCGCAUGUGAUAGGUGUACAGUAAAUGAGAUUUUUGGAACAAUGUGAUAUCUGAGCUGCAAAGCUGGCUUUCACUUAUAGACCACUUGGAGGAUUGUAUUGUGUAACAGCUGUGCAGCUAACUGUGCACAAAUAAUAGCACUGUGCUAUUACCAUGUGCUAAUACCAUGUGGUAUUAUAAAGUAGAAUUAGACAAUUGUAGCAAGUAUAUUAUUUUUCCACAUUAUUUCAUUGCAACAAAAUAAAUCUAUAAAUGGCUUAACGUUUAAACCAUUCUUUUUAAUGAACAUUCUCAUCACCAGCCAGUUCUGUGAUACUGGAUCCAUCUUUUCACACAGUCUUGGCCAUUUAUACAUACAUUGCUAGUCACUGCCUGCUUUCUGUCAGACUAACAAUGCACACUUUUCCAGAGAGCAGUACUUUCUUUUAGCUGGAGACAUACCUUUUUAAACAUGUUGGAUUCUGAGCUGCUCCAUUUUUGCACCUCCUGAACGACAAACUAAGCAUUGUAUCAGAGCAUAAUGAAGAGAAAUGUGCUGAUCCAAAGCCUCCAAUCUACCAGAAUAAUUGGUGGCUUAGGGUGGAAGUAGCCAUUACCCAAAACAGAUGCUGCCAAGAAAUCAACCAAGCCAGUGUGGUGCACUGGUUAAUGUGUUGGACUAGGACUUGGGAGAUCACCGUUCAUAUCCCAGCUCAGCCAUAAAGCUUACUGGGUGACCUUGGUCCUGUCAUAAGGUUGUUGUGAGGAUGAAAGGUACAUCAUAUAGUGCAUCUUAGAGGAAAGGUGGGAUAUAAAUUUAAUAUAACAGAUAAAAUGAAAUCUAAACAUAAUUUUCUGCCUCUUGCUCCACAAUAUAUGACAGUUGUGGUUGGCAUGGUGGGGCAGAGAUACUUACCUGAUCUAGAAGGUAACUUGCUGCUGCUUGCCAGGCAAGAUUGGCACAGUGCAAAUGCACCAGCAGAGUCAAUUUGGUGCUCCUGCUGGUGCAUUUGCCCUGCAACGCCCUUCUCAGUGCCUCAUCCCACCCCGCCUCUCCUAGUAAGCAGUGGUGACUUGCCUGCUGGGAGAUCAGGUAAGUGUCUCUACCCCUUGACACCAUCUGCCCAGGCCCAGCGGAAAGACCACAGAGAGGUCCAUGUAACUGAAUUUUCUAAAGCAGCUUUCUAGUGAAAGAAGUCUUUUAAAGUAUUUUAAGAUGCAGGAAAGCAUAAACAGCAAGCCAAAAUAUUGUGUUGGUUUUGUUUUCCAGAAUAGGCUAUCAGAUUCCCAUGUUUGCUGGCUUCUGCAUCAUGUUUGUCUCAACAAUUAGUAAGUGCUUUUCCUCCCCUGCCUAUGUCACCAAAAAUUAUUAUAUUAUACUGGAGAUGAAGGGGUGGACGGAUAGGAAAUACACAAAUGAGGAUACUAGUUUAAAGCAUGCAUGAGUGUACUGAGGAACUUCCCUCCUUAUAUUGUUCCAUAACAGUAUAGUAUGGACAUGAUCAUUCCUUGCUUCAAUUUGGGUGGUGUUGCUUGGUGCCUAAAAUAUUUGCUUUUCUUGUCCAGUCCAAAAUGUUGAAUCAGCAGCACUAUUUACAACCUACACAGUCAGUGGGAAGAGAAGGCUGCCAUUUCCACUUUGCCUGCCUUCCUUUGCUAGUUUACAAGCAGCCGCAGAAUAGUUAAAGAGGAAACUCUAUGCUCUUCUGCUCAUCCAUCUGAAUGUUUCCUUGUGCUGUAUCCAUGUUCUCAUGGAGGCUUGACGUUAGCUUGGCUCUCCCUGUGCUAUUUUCAGCAAAGCAUUUCUGCCAGCAAGUGUGAACUGUAUCUGGUUUGGGACACUUCCUGUGGUGUUUUUUAUGGUAAAUGCAUUGUGAAAUGCCUUUACAAGAUCCUGGAUCAAUCUAGUUCAGUUUAAUACAGUUGUGUUGGUGUGUUCUGUCUUUUCCACAGUGUUUGCCUUUUCAGAAAGCUAUAAGUUACUUUUUAUAGCAAGAUCUCUUCAAGGAGUCGGAUCUUCUUGUUCUUCUGUAGCUGGUAGGUAUUCAUAUGCACUACAUGAUAUAGAUUGGUGGUUGCUAGAUCCGUCAUUUUGAGCAACCAACAUAUUCUUGACUGUCGUUUUAGCUAAGUAUUUCUUUAGUUAAAAUAAUUUUUACUUUUCAUUUACUUCCUCUAUUUAAUCAGAUAAAUUUUUUCCAUCUAGCUUUUUGCUGUUUACAGAUGAGCCGAAAUGGUCUAAUGACCCCAUUAUUGUUGCUUUUUAAAAGAAUUAUUGCAUCAUUUUCUUUUGCUUUCAAAGUUUUAAAAUUCAGUUUUAUAGGUCAGAUGAUAUUAAUAUAUUCUGUGUGAGGUAGGAUACAAUUUACUGCAGGUCUUCUUGGCUCUUGGGAUUCCUUUUCCUUCUCAUUUGGGUGUUCUAUUUUCAACAAGCUUGCUAAGUUUAGCUUUUUUUGUGAACAAAUGAAACAUGUUCUUAUGUUUCAUAUGCACCUUGCUAUUCAUAUCACUGUGUGAUUUCCUGCCUGAUUUUCACACUGAGAACAACCAUCAGUACUGACUUGUCCUUUUUCGUUUACCUCUUAUGCAGGUAUGGGUAUGCUGGCCAGUGUGUAUACUGAUGAUGAAGAAAGAGGCAAUGCAAUGGGGAUUGCCUUGGGAGGCAUGGCUAUGGGGGUAUUAGGUUAGUAUGAGGAAAUUCAUUGAAAAAGAAUGUGUGGUUCCCCCCCCCAAAGAAAAGGUCUAUCUCUUUCAUACACUGAUGCCUUUAUGUACCUACACUGCAAUAAAUGCAUGCUUUAAAAUGUUUUAAUCAAUAGCAGCUAAUGGGGGUGGUGGUGGUGGUGGAGGCAAUCCCCAUCCCAGCAGGGGUAGUGCUGCUGCCAUCAGGACACCACUGCCUUCUUGUGAGUGACUGCUGUUUCUAACAAAUUAGUAUGAGUUUCCAUAUUGGUACAGAUUGGAGAAGAUAUACCUGUGGCGCUGUGUAAUCUUAAUUAUUUCUGCUGUAUAUCAUUUAAUUGAGUUAUUUGCCUCAGGGUUGUUCCUUUCUGCUAAGUGUCAAAUAUUUCAAUUAUUAAUAUACAGGUAUCUCUUUGUCCAACCUCUGUUUCAUAAACGCAUUUUAGUGACAGAGCUAAAAUAUGCUAGAACAAGAUCUGCUUAUUCAGUGCCACUUCCCCUCUCUCCUCUUCUGUGCCCCUGGAGGAGGGUUGAGUGAACUCCCAAAACAGGUUUGGUGGAGGGGGGCAGAAUACAGAAUACGUAUCUUGGUUGUUGAAUGCCCUGGAACUCGGACAUUUUGGCUUCCGAAUGAUCAACACCCAGAAGUGACUGUUCCAGUUUUCAAACGUUCUUUUGGAAGCCGAACGUACGACAGGGCUUCUACAGCUUCUGAUUGGUUGCAGGCGCUUCCUGCAGCCGAUCGGAAGCUGCGCUUUGGAAGUCGAACGGACUUCUGGAAUGGAUUCCAUUCGACUUCCAAGGUACAACUGUAGUCCUGUUGCAUGAGUGGCCCUCAUUCAUUGUGUACGUACCCCACCUAGAACUAUGUUGAAUUCCACCCUAAGAAAUGUGUAAAUGACUUUUUUUUGUGUAGUGGGACCGCCUUUUGGAAGUGUAAUGUAUGAAUUUGUUGGGAAGACAGCACCUUUCCUGGUGUUAGCAGCAUUGGCUCUUUUAGAUGGUGGUAAGUAAAAUUCCCAUAUCUAUGACAUGACCAAUAGCUUUGAAUUGUGACAUUGUCACCUACAUUUAUUUUUGAAAAAUACCCCAACAUUAUGAUUUCUUUUCCUGCAGCAAUACAAUUGCUAAUUCUGCAACCAUCCAGGAUACAACCAGAAGUAAGUAGUUCAACAAUUGUUUUUUUUAAAAAUGCUUGUAUUACACUUUCCCUAAAACUGAGGUUAUUUAUCUGUUGAUAGAGUCAGAAAGGAGCAUCGCUGCUGACACUCUUGAGGGAUCCAUACAUCAUAAUUGCUGCAGGUAUUUGCAGUUAUUGCACACUUGCAUUUAUUUGUUGUGGUCAUUUUUGAUCUGUAUUUGGUAGUCUGUGGGAAGGAUCACUUAGUCCGACUAAGGAAGGAGCACUUGAGCUGCACGCACCAGCAUGCAGCUUGUGCACAUUAUGGUUAAAACUAUAAUGUGAGCAAACAGCCGGUGUUGUUUUCAGGUAUUCAAUUGUGAUAGAAAGACAAAUCUACUACCUUGUGCUCAUAGACAUAUGAGUUUUUCAGGUGGAGAUUAUAGUGGAAAGAUUACAUUAGACAUAACAUUUUAUCUUUGUAAGAACAGUCCUGAACUAUUGCUUCUUGCCCUCAGGACCACAGCACUAGUGAGACCACAAUAUUGUUUUAGGGAUUCUUCAUACAGAGUCUAAUGCAACUUGGCAUAUUUGAACAAAGAAUGACAGCAGUGGUCAUUUUUUUGCUGAACUGUGUUACAAGAGGAGAGCCUUUCCCAGGAGAAAUAAUUUAUCCGUGAUUUAAAACAAAUUAGACUUGAAUUUUAAAGAUAACAAGCUCCUUUAGCUGUAAAUGGCUGCAGCAUGAGUCUGUUGUAUUUUUUUAUCGUGAUCGAAAGGGUAUAAACAUGUUUUGAAGGUACAUUCAGCACUGAAUGUGCUGUUCGACAAAGUGGAGUGGCAGUUUGUAGAUUCAGGGCUUCAUUACAUAAGACAAACAUCCUAGAUUUCCAGGUAGGAAAAAUUGCGUGAAGAUAGUGUGUGCAUGAUGAUUCCACACUGCCUGCUUUGUCACAUGUACAUAUUGUAAUCCAGAAUGAUGGUGCAUUAGUAUGAUAUAUUGCUAUGGCAAAAUAAACCCAUGUGCGUUUUGUUGCACACGGCAUAGUACAUCAAGAAUAUAUCAAAUAGUCCAAAGUUGAAAUUCAGAUAUGUAUUGACAAAUGCUGUUUAGCCCAUGUCCCUUACAUGGAAUAUCACAUUUUCUUUUGAAUAUAUUAGAUGCACUCAAUAUAUUGGGACAUUGUCCUGUUAAACAUUUGAUUAGCUGGGAUCUGGCAUCCUGUUAAAUUAGUGGUGACCAUUUCAUCACAGGCUAAGCAGCAGAGAGUAAGGCAGCCCACAUAUAUGCAUCAUCAUAUAUAUAGAAUUAGUGUGAUCUUUGUCAGCUUUUUAUGAUGAAGAUUAAUCCUUAAUUAAGAUGAAUUUGGGUGUGUACUUACAGUACUGACAAUGGAGUCCUAUUCAUGUUUUCUGUGGAAGUAAGUCCUCCUGUCUUGAAUAUGGUUUACUCCCUAGUAAGUAUGUUUAGGACUGCAUCCUGAAUCUGCUUAUGUUUUGCACGCAUGCAAGUUCAUAGUAUACCAUAUGGUGAAUGCCAUCCACAAGUAUAUGCACAUGUACCAAAAUGUGCAUUUGAAUCCACUCUUAGUUCUCAUUAGCUUUAUCUCUCCAGGCAACAAUUCUAUUUUAUUACAAGUGAUCAAUUCGCUGGAGCCUGUCUUUGCAUGCAGGGGAAGUCCCUAACUGCCAGAUGUAUCACUCUGAUUUCCUUUGGACCACAUUAGUGAGGCUGGGGGGGUAUUGUCAUCUGGGCAGCCCAGGACCUCCAUACACACUGCCCAGAUUUGCACCCUGGGAAGGUCACUUUGGUCUGACUUCACCCCUGGAGGUGCACUCCAUUGUCUCUUGAGACAAAUGGAUGCCAACAAGUGAUCAACGCUUCAGUUCCCAUAGGGACGAAAGGGACAAAAGGCAAUUCAACUAACUAAAUGUCCUGGUGGAUGGAUUAAUGUUAGCACAAUAAGACUUUCCCCCCUUAUCAACCUCAAAUCUUCUCCAGAGAAUUAGUGGGACCCCAAUAACAGAUUUAGGAGACGCAUGAGGGGGAGCAUGUUCCAUUGCAAAUGAGCUGACAAAAAGUUCACAUUACCACUACAUUGAAUACAACUGAAAGUCUUCAGUGUUCUUCUUUUAUUCUGCUUCAAGUACCUGAGGAAUAGGUUUUAAACAAAUCUGUGUCCAACAAAGUGAACUGUUUCUGAACAAAAUUAGAAGUAUAUUUUCAGAUUAAUUAUUUUGUUACAACCGGAGCAUGUGAACCAGGUGCAAUAGAAUUAUUGGCAAAUCUCCUAUUGAUAACUGUGUUGCUCCUACUAGAGUUCACAGUAUCAUCACAUGCUGAAAUAUUUUGUCUUUCUACUCUGAAAUGCAAUGAAAAUAGGGAAAUCUUUUGGGGUUUUUUUUGGGGGGGGGGGAUAACUGGAGUAUAUAUGAAAUUAUGGAUUAAAUGACUUUCCUCCCACACUAGUAAUUUAGAAGUAAUCAGUGUUGUAUUAUUUGACAAGCAAGUCUUCAAAAGACGUUUUGUUUCUUUAAGUGUUGCUUUUUCGAGCUGUUGAUUGGAAUUUAAGUGAAACAAUUCCAGCAAUUUGUUUUCCAUCUCUUUUCAAGGAUCAAUAUGUUUUUCAAAUAUGGCAAUUGCUAUGCUGGAACCAGCUUUGCCCAUCUGGAUGAUGGAGACAAUGUGUUCGAGAAAAUGGCAACUCGGUAAAGUGUUUUCUUUCAUUUAUUGUAUUUCUGAUCCUGAGAAAGUUUGUGAUUGCCAUCUCAGAUCAUAUGACAAAUGGUAACAUUUUUUAAAAAAUGUGUCUCUAGACAAUUGAGUGAAUACUGUAGAUUGCUGGUAUGCCAUUAUAUAGUUUAUAUUGCACAUAAUCAAGGGACACUUUGGUACCUAUUUAUUGGGGAGGCAGUGGAAGACAGGAGUGCCUGGCGUGCUCUGGUCCAUGGGGUCAUGAAGAGUCGGACAUGACUAAACAACAACAACAUCCUGACUUCAAUGAGAGGUUAUAUGAUGCUGUCAUUGAGCAUUCAUUUUGGUUGGUUUGUUAUGCAUUGUUGCAUCAAGCAAUUAUUAACCUACACAAAAUGUUCCAUACCCUUUUAUAUCUGUGUGUCUUUCUCCCUUCCUUUCCCCAAGUAACUCCUUUACAUUCCACCUGUUUUUCAGCACACCCCACCCCUGGUUGUGUCAGCUUUCUGUGUGCACUGAGCAUGUUCAUUCUUCAUUGGGCUGGUUUAUUCCCCUUCCCUACUUUAGUGUUUGUUCCAAAGUUUUUUUGGGGGGGGGGGUUGUACUUCUGUAGAUCUCUAGAUAUCCUGUUCUUGUGCAUGAGUGAUAUAGUUUUGGCUACAGAAAGGUGAACCGCUGAAGUCUUUUGAGUUUGGUGUUGGUAUAUAUGGUAUUUUACAUUUAUCAUAACCCAAGUUCAGUAUAGGAAAAGAGAAUAUGCGUGAUCAAAGUUAUUACAUAUGUAUCCUGUCUUUUCUCCAAGAAGCUCAGGGCAAUGUGUUGGGAGUUUUACCCAUUUCAUCCUUAUAAAUAACCUGUUGUUUUCUGGGGGUGAGGAAGGAGAGGGGCUGAGCCUCACUGCCAUUACAUGAUGACAUGGGACCUCAUUGCUGUUCCACCUCCAGGCUGUCAGAUGUUUGCCUGCCUUCUGCCCCCUCCCCUUCACUCUGGCUGGCAUGAGCAGCAGGGCUGCAGAUGCAAUUUGUCCCCUCUGUUUGAAUAAAUUCUGCCCCUGUCCAGGUCUGGAUUGCAGCCUUGGAUUGCGAUACUCUUAAUCUUAAUUCAUCUCCUUUUAACACAGUUUAUCAUUGUGUUUAAUUUGGAAGCUACCUUUCUUUUGUUUUAUACACAUACACACUACUUCACUUAUGCACAGAUACUGGUGUCCGAUAGCAAGUAUUAUUUUUUAAAUAUAACAAUGGUCUAAAUUUGAUGGAUAAUCUUGCUAGAUCAAACAAAAGGCUUGAAACAAACCGGAUAUUAAUUUUUUUUGGCUCAGGCUGAAGACCUUCAUUAGAUAUGUUCUAAUCAAAACUGCUGUGUCUGAACUUAUUGCUUUUCCCGAUGCUUCACUGAAACCAGUGUUGAUAAGAUAACCUGUUCAUAUUUUUCAGGCGUUGCUUUUAUUCCUGCCAGUGUCUCUUAUCUGAUUGGAACUAAUAUUUUUGGGGUCCUUGCACACAAAAUGGGACGGUAUGCUGAAUUUAAACAUUAUCUAAUUCCUUAACACAGUUGUACAGUAUUUUCUGUUCUUACAGUGUUCCUUCAGGUAGUCGCAUUAUGAGAAACAAACUGCAGCUUUCAUGAUAAAUAAAUUAACCUGCUGCUUUAUUUUAAAGUUAAUAUUUUAGUAGUAAUUGUAGUAGAAAUGCUGAAGUAAAACACAUGUUUAGUGCCUACAUUUCUUGGUGUCUAAAAUAUAAUGUUCUUUUUUCAUAGGUGGCUUUGUGCUCUAAUUGGGAUGGUAAUAGUGGGAAUAAGCAUUUUGUGUGUGAGUAAAAGUUGAUACUUUGAAGAGCAAAUUCUGUUAUUUCUAUAAUUUCUAUAAUUUACUGAUGGUUCUAUCCUUUUGGUGUGGGUAUUUGUAGAUGUAAAUUGGGGAAGGGUACUUGGGAUUCAGUGAUGACACAAACUUUCUUCAAUCUUAUUUUGAAUUUAAUCCCCUGAAGGGUGCUGUAGCAUUCGUACUUUCUUGGUUUCAUGCAUAAGACUAUGGAGAAGAGAGCUGCGGGAAGAUUCUAUUAUAUUUGUUUUUUAUCUGGGCUGUCUUUAUUUGUUGUUGCACACAGUCUCCUCAUUUACAGCAGCGUCACUGUGGCUGAUUAGCUUCUUUUAACUUGAACCUAAACUGUUAUGGGUUAUUAGAUGUUUCAUGUUUGAUGCUAGUAGGGAGCAAUCAUAUGCUGCUUGGGAGGGCAGCUGAAGGGCCCUAAUGAACUGUGGACCUCUGUGGGUGGGUGGAAUGAAUGGUGUGGCAUGAUGUCCCUGGUGUGGCAGGAAAAAGCUGCCAGUGGUGGGGCCAGGAUCAGGACACGUUUGGGGAGUGCCACGUGAGGCUGUGAAUCUUCAUGAUCCAAUUCCCUCUUGUUUCCCCAAAAUCCCACUUUUAAAAGGCUCGACUAAACUAGUCCAAAGCUGGAGCUGGCAUACUUAAUUCCCUUCCAUUGCCCAUAAUAUGAAGAGUGCAGGAAAAGGAUACCCUGGCCACUGCACCCUUCUCCUUGCACCCUGCCCUUUGAUCGCUGUAUGUCAGAACUUACUGACUACAGAGCAUAAUAAUAAUAAUAUUUUAUUAUUUAUGCCCCGCCCAUCUGGCUUGGUUUCCCCAGCCACUCUGGGCGGCUUACAGAAUCUAUAAAACAUAAUAAAGCAUCAAACAUUAAAAACUUUCCGAUACAGGGCUGCCUUCAGGUGUCUUCUAAACAUUGUAUAGUUCUAUUAUCUCCUUGACACCUGAAGGGAGGGUGUUCCACAGGGAGGGCGCCAUUACUGAGAAGGCCCUCUGCCUGGUUCCCUGUAACUUCGCUUCUCGCAGUAAAGGAACCAGCAGAAGACCUUUAAAGGGGGACUUCAGUGUCUGGACUGAGUGAUGGGGGUGGAGAUGCUCCUUUGGGUAUACUGGACCGAGGCCGUUUUCAGUGAAAGCAGUAUGAUAAACAUUAGCAGAAAUCUAAUAGAUCAGAAAGCUAAUAGAUCAGAUUAAAGCUAAUAGAUCAGAUCACUCACCAGUAAUUAAAUGAAGGUCAUAUGAUACAAUCUAGUAAGCAGCUUGAUGUUUGAUUUUGAAUGCUUGCUUUUCUUUUUUUCAGGUGCCACUUGCUAGAAAUAUAUAUGGACUCAUAGCACCAAAUUUUGGGGUUGGUUUUGCCAUUGGUAAGGAAAACACAAAAUACUUGUUUCUGUUUUUUGAUGUAUUCUAAUUUUUUUGUGAGUCGCUCAGAGACUCAAGUAAAACAAUAGAAAUAACUAACCAAUCACAUUGGUUCUGCUCUCCAACAAAGACCUGCCCUCCCCCACAAAAAUCCUGGCUCCACCCAUGCUAAUAGGGCUAUUUGUUAAUAGAUAGGACCCAGUUUAGAUUUCUCUAGAUGGGGUGAAUGUCCACCUGUGUGAUAACUGGGGAGUAGUAGUCCUGCCAGGUGUGCAUUCAUGUUCUCGCAUUUCAAGUAAGGGCUGGUUCAUAUGCACCAGGCUAGUGACUGAUGGGGAAAGGGAAGGAAGGGGAAAGUGCUCCGUUAACUUAUGGGGAUUGCCUCCCAUGCUCUGCUGUGUUCUAGAGUUUAAUGAUUAUGUUGCAGCAUAUCAUCCUAAACAGUAAGGCCCAUAAGCAGACUUUCAUGUGUGGCUUUGCUUACCAAACUCCGUAUGGAUGUAUGUGCUUAAAAAAUCAAGGGAAGCUGUGGACUGUGGAUGUGUUGAUCCUUUCUGAAUUGGGCCUGCUUGUGUGCAUUUCCUAAGAGAUGGUUGCUUUUGGGGGGAUGUUGGCUCUGAAUCCAGAACCCUUCCCAGCUUCCACUGCUAAUGGGUGAUCAGCACUGCCACAGCUGACUUUAUCUGCCACUCACAGCAGUGGGUGUGGCCCACAGCUACAGGUGAAUAAUUCUGGCUUGGGCUUUAGCUUCUGGGGGGCAGGUGGGGGGCGGGUCAGAAAACUUAAAAUUCUUUGUAAUUUAUAUGACAUAAAUUUUCAGAUAGUUUUUUUAAUGUAAAUUCCCUACUGUUCCUUUCCUUUCAAAUAGCAAUUUAUGUAUUGCUUGAAAUGCAACAGGUGAACAGAUUCAAGUUUAAGUAAUUCAACCAGGCAUAUUAGCAAUCUCAUCUUAUUUCAAGCAAGUGUGUUUAGACUGUGCUGAGAGUAGUAAAGUCAUGUAAGUGUCUUUAUUAUACAGUGAAGGACAGGUGAUGAAAUAAUUAGAUAUUUAGAAGUUUAGCUUCUUUUGAAGGUCUUAAAAAUUCUCUGAAUAUCAUGUUUUCCAAUUCUGGAGAAAAGGGUCAGAGGGCUGUGCAAGAUUAUAACUGUAUUAGGUUUUGUGAAGAGGGUGGUUUUGCAUUUGCUGGCAGAUCUUGUGUUUAGGACAAUGGCACCAUCUUAAAAUGAAAAAAACCUCAUACAUUCAAAAAUGGUAUAAGGAAAAUUGAACACAAUGUAUUGGCCAUAAAAAUGAGCAAUUAUCUCACCAUUAUGUUUUUUCAUAUAUUCAUGCUUUAAAGUAAGUUUUCUAAACUGUGGAAAGAGAAAAAAUGAAAGGUCUUUCUCAAAAUAGCAUUUGUUUUCUCCCUAUCUUAUAACCAGGGAUGGUGGAUUCUUCGAUGAUGCCUAUUAUGGGUUACCUUGUUGAUCUGCGCCAUGUUUCAGUCUAUGGAAGUGUCUAUGCAAUUGCAGAUGUUGCAUUUUGUAUGGGAUUUGCUUUAGGUAAGAGCUGAAUUUGCUUCUUGAAAUGCAUCUAACAGUACCAAAAGGAUAUUACAAAGGCCUUGGAGCAAAUGCUGGCAAUGCCAGCUGCCUGGUAGGCUGCAGCAAUAGUGGGGUUUGCUGCAUAGAAUAUGCAGGUGAUAAGGCUGUAGAAGAAGGUAAGAAAUAUCCCUUUCCCAUUGGCACUAUUAGCUGUAUCACACAGAGGCUGUAGUCACGCUGUUCAGUCUCCACACUAUUGGGGUAAAUAUCUACCCAAGUCUCUGUUAGGACAAGGCAACUGCAUUGAAAACUCCAUCAGCUAGACUCUCUUCUGAACUGAUCAAUAAGAGUGUUCUGCUUACAUACAGAGAUAACAGCUUUUAACAGGGAUGACAAAGUUGUCACAACCUGGUCAGUAAGGAACAGCAAGAAACUAGCUAGGCUGAAGUCAAAACCCCUGACAUUCCAUUCAUCUACAUUCAUUUUCUCUCCCACCUUCACACUUACUUUCUGUUUACUCUCCAAGAGAGAUGUGGCCUUAAGAUCUUAGCUGGCCCAGGCCUCUUAUAGGCCCAGGCCCUUGCAGACUUCAGACCCAUACAUUCUGCUUCCACAGAUUACAGAAAAAGAGAGGACUCAUGAACUUGUAUUAAUUUGGCCUCAACUAGAGCCAGGGCUUUCUCGGCUGCGGCUCCAAUCUGGUGGAACGCUCUGUCACAAGAGACUAGGGCCCUGCGGGACCUGACAUCUUUCCGCAAGGCCUGCAAGACAGAGUUGUUCCACCAGGCCUUUGGUCAGGGCCCAGCCUGACUCCCACCUCCGGCAACCUGCACAGAACUUUGCUUAACGGUUGCCAUUAAUUUGAUUUUAAUUAAUUUUUAUAAUGAAAUGUUUUAGAAUGUUGGAUUAUUUGAUUGUUUGAUUAUUUGUUUGUUGUUAGCCGCCCUGAGCCUGGCUUUGGCUGGGGAGGGCGGGAUAUAAAUAAAAAUUUAUUAUUAUUAUUAUUAUUAAUUUGUGGCUACUGGUGGUGGGGGGGGGGAGGAGAAUAGAGGGAAGGCAGAAUACCUUUCUUUCCCUUCCAUUUCUGUAAUUAUGGGAACUGUUGUCAAGCCUUUUGCUUGGUAAUGAAACAAAAGCACUGAACUAGUGGGUAGUUUUAAAAUCCAUGUUGAAUUUGUACUAUUUUCACUGGCUUUAAAAGGCAUUUAAAAAAUCAAUAAUUUUCCAACACACAGGUUUUCAAGCAUACUGUAUAUUUGUUAAUUCUGCUCAUACAGUAUAUUAUGUUAGGACUUAUUUUUUUCUUGCUCACAGAUUCUUUUAGGCUAGUUCUUGUUUUUCUUAUGUAUGUACCCUAAUACUUUUUCUUUCUUUUCUUUUUUUAAAAAAUGUGUUUCCCAAAGGUCCAUCUGCUGGUGGUGCCAUUGCAAAGGCAAUUGGAUUCCCAUGGCUCAUGACCAUUAUAGGAAUCGUUGACAUCCUCUUCGCUCCUCUGUGUUUGUUUUUGCGCAGCCCUCCUGCCAAGGAAGAAAAAAUAGUAAGCACAAACUUUUUCUCGCUUUGCUGUAUUUGAAUUCUGAUAUAUUUUAGUACAUAAGCAAAUAGAGAAACAAACUAUUUUGUAAUGUUCUGUUUCAUUAGCUGAAAUCAGUAUUUUGUAUUGAGUGGGGUAACUUGGUUUGCACAAGACAAAAAAAAAUUACAAGGCUGGCUUAUCUUUGGAAACCAGCAGUAACAAAGUUACUAUAUUUUGGGUGAAGUUUGAAUUUACAGUGCAUGUUAGACAUCUGGUUUUCUUUGAUGUGUGAGGCUUUGCCACAUUGAUGCUGGAAUUCAAGUAACUGUGAAGAGUUCACAUGGAAGGGUAUUUGAGACUAACACCUUCUCUGAACCCUCAUGCUAACAAAUUGUGUCAAAAACCUGAGGCAACUUUAGGAACAGUGGAAUGUCUUGAAGAACCUUCAGGCAUCUGAUUUCAGUGUGAGAGCCCUCAGGGUUGCUGCAGUGCAUGCACAGAAGCUAGGAGAUACUUGAUUCCAAUUCUAAGCCAUCUCUUGCUGAAAGCAAUAAAAUGCUUAACAGAUAUACUAAUGCACAACUCUGUUCUUUUUCAGGCAAUACUUAUGGACCAUAACUGUCACUAUAAAACCAAAAUGUAUACGCAGAACAACAUCCAGUCACAUCCAAUAGGCGAUAAUGAAGAAGAAUCAGAGAGUGAUGAGUAA